UGUCUUUUGCAUACGCGUUCUUACAACCAAAAAUCCAACCUUCACACGUAAAUCUAAUAGGUAAUGAUUUCUGCCUUGAAAAAUAGGCAUAUCAUUAUCAAUCACCAUUCCAUAGUCUUGCUGAGCAAAAAUCAUUUUAGUGGACGACCCCAACAUCAAGAUCCAACGGUCCACGUUGCAUCAAGAUGCAGAGCACAGAUGCACACCAUAUUUCACUCCCACUGCACCGCGUACGCUUCAACAAAAUAACAGUUAAAAUACUAAUAAAUUGGAAGGAAAAAAAAAAAAAAAAAAGAAACUGACCGAGAGAGAUAGAGCCGCUAUUCACCCAUCCGUUGGAAGAUUAAAAUACCAAAUUUCAGACACAAAAAAAAUUCAAAGAAAAAAACAAAAGAAAUCGGAAGCCAACACACGGAGCUCUCCACAGUCACCCAUUCCCCAGAGAGAAAGAAAGAAAGCAGCUUUCUUUCUUCUGAAUCUCAAAAGCCUGAGGAAGCAAAUCAAGUCAAUCGUUCAUUCCGAUUGUUAUUCGGGUUGGACGGAAAUGAAGCUAUCUGCAAAACCCAUAUCGAGUCCGGGGCGGACGGACAAGUUCCCGCCGCCGUUGGUGAGGUUUCUGAGGACCAACGUCGGGAGCAGAAGCAGAGGCCGGUUGCGUUCGAGCCCAAUGUUCGUGAGGAAGAACGCCACCGCAGCCGCUGUCGAAACCCAAGAGCCAUCUUCUCCUAAAGUCACGUGCAUGGGGCAAGUCCGAGUCCGGCGGUCAUCUAAGAAAGGCGAUUCGCGGACCGGAGGAGCUAGACGGGCCACUGGAGCUCCGAGCCGACGAAGGUGCAAAUGGAUCUCAAACGGCCUGUUUUGCCGCCAUUUUCCCGGGAAAAUCAAGGCCAAGUCUUUUCGACCCGUUUGGCCCAAAUGGGUACCCUUUUUUCAACUGGGUUUGUGCAGAAAAGGCGAAAUCAAAGAGUACCCACCAAAAAUUGGAUCGAAAUUUGAAGACCCAAUUGAAGGUUGUUCAGAUGGGGAAGAUUUUAUCGAAGAACAAGAAGACCAAGAAUUCGAAAGAAAGGCCAAAGCUUUCAUCUAUUCUUCUUCUGCCUCAACGCCGCCGAAGAACGCUUUGCUGUUAACCCGAUGCAGAUCUGCGCCGUACAGGGCGUCGUCUCUGGCGAGCAGAUUUUGGGGGUCGCCGGUGAGAGCCGAGGAAACAGAGGCACAACAGAAAGCUACGUCAGAAGGGGAGUCGAUUUCCGGUCAGGAAUCGAGAUUGGAAUCGGAGAGCGAAAAAAAGUUGGAAUUUUUCAGGGAAUUGGAGAGCGAAAUUCGAGAGAGAAUGGCGAAAUCGGCGAGCACCGAAGAUAAAGACUGGGAUUUCGUCGGGUCGGGUCGGCCGCUGACACUGACGAGGUGUAAAUCGGAGCCGGCGAGAACGGCGGCGGAGAAGCUCGACCCGGAGUUGUGUUUCUGGAAGACGAGAAGGUUGGGAAUUGUUGAUUCAUGCUCACCCAGUAUUUUGUGAUUAAUUAAUUAUUAGUCUCAUUUAAUUCUUUUUUCUUUUUGGUAGCUGGAUUGGUGAAAAUAGGAUUGAGAGAUUAAAAUUUUAAACAAAAUUUGUAAAUUAAA